AUGGCUUCCGAACGUGUGCGGCCAUCUCAGCGCUUUCAGCGCCUGCUGGAUCAGCUUUCUCAAUGUCAUGAAGAGGAGCUGAAUCGCACCGUGCCGACAUGGCUCUCGGCAGACGUCGACAGGGUUCGCCACGAGCUGACCUGCCCAAAAUGCAGCUUCAACUUGAACGUCGCGCUGCCAAAUUCGGUGAACGAAGACGCGAAGUGGGGAACGCGUGUACGAGCGCCAGUCCAUUCAGACACAAUCUGUAGUGGUUCUGGAAUCCGAGUGGAAGAGAUCACUUCUCCUCCGCCCGUGCCACGACCUGUAAAUCUGUUGACUGUGGCCGACGCGACGCCCCUGAAGCUGAGGGGGGACUUGGAUGCCACUCCACGGAGUUCGGAAAGUGAUGUGUCCGUGCUGGAGGACGAUCAGGAGGAGUCAGCAGCGCAGAGGAUCACCAAUGCAGUUUCCGGCAUCUCCAACAUCACGUCACACCGCUCUCGAUCUCAAGGUGCUGAUGAGCGUUUUCCUCUGCGCCGCCUGUGGGCCACGGAGAGCAAAGUGACAACCAUGCGUGUGACGCGAAGAGCUGCUAGCAAAAGCAAGUCAAUUGAAUUGGAGGAUACCCUCUCUGGUUCAGCACAGGCGGAAGGGGGGGCUGAUGGGUACACCGCGGCCAUGGCUGACUGGAGACGUCGCCUGAUCUCCUACCCCAGCAGCCUCCACCGCUUGGUUUGGGACAUGAUGGGAGGUCUCUUGAUUAUGUAUGACCUCUUUGCAGUUCCGCUUCAAGCUUUUGA